AUGCUUUUUACAGAUACUCUUGUAGCACCGUUUUGUGUUCCACUUUUAGCGCGCUCAUCCACCACUGACCAUACUCUGUUUGUGCUUUUUUUCUCUUUGUUCAAGUGGUUGGAUUUCGGGUCUGGCGGUGGUCAAAAGCAAUCCGGCCAUCGGUGGGAUUGUUCUAGUCAUCGCUUGUCUGUUUACAGGUCUGACCGUCGCGUCCGCUUUCUACCUGAUACAGGUGCAUCACAUUUACCGAACUACCGGAGCUAG